UCAUCUGCAGCUGCACGCCCGCUUCCUUAGACAAUAUAUCUCUGUCUCUCAUCGACCAUCGCCAUAUUCACUCGGUGUCUCAGUCUCUCGGCCUCGUGCCUUUGACGGAAUCUUUCCCAUCGCACCUUCUCCAAGCCAGUAACUCUAAUCUUCUUCCGGUCGCCUUGCCCCUGAAUCUCGAUUCACUCGCAGCUGCUGCUCAGCUGCUCCGUCCUCUCUAGCAGAAUUGCAGGUGUCCUAAUUAUUUACUCUUACGCUAGCGUUCAUUUACUCUUGUACAGCUUACAAUGCCAUGAUUAAAAUUUGAACUUGCAAAAGGAACUCUGUUUUUCAUAUCAAUGGCCCAAAUACGCAGCCUCUACGCUAGAGCAAGCCUUGUUAGACGAAGAUACCACCCAUCAUUUAGCUAUAUUCUUCAUGAUGAUGAUCACAAACAUAACUGCAUUGAUGAAGGUCCAUCUCAGCAAGGGAUGAGUAAUUUUUUACAACAGAGGGCAUUUGGAAGUGGCUUUAGUAAUUCAUCUGCAUUUGGUUUCUUUCAAGAUAGAAGAUGCAUGGAUUUUUCUCUUUCACCAAGCAUUGGGGCCUCUUUUUGCCGGUAUAUGUCAACGACAGUUGGUGAAGGGUCAGACAAGAUUGAGCUGAUGAGUGAUGUUACUGAUGUUCUCACGGACACUGCUGUCCAAGCUGUUGCCAUGCAGGCCCCCGCUGUGAAUGAAGUUGCUGUUGCUGCUGCUGAUUCUUUCUUCCCUAUUCAAGUCCUUCAGCAUUUUAUUGAUGCAGUGCAUUCUUUUACUGGUUUAAACUGGUGGGCUUCCUUAAUUUUAACUACUCUUUUGAUUAGAGGGGCAACACUUCCACUUGUGAUAAAUCAGCUGAAAGCCACUUCAAAACUCACUCUCUUGAGGCCACAUUUGGAGGAGAUUAAGCAACAGGUGCAAGAUAAGGGUAUGGACCCCACAGCCGUUGCUGAGGGCCAAAAACAAAUGCAGAUGCUUUUCAAGGAAUAUGGUGUGAGUCCUUUUACUCCACUGAAGGGGCUUUUCAUUCAAGGUCCCAUCUUUAUCUCCUUUUUUCUGGCGAUCUCAAACAUGGCAGAAAAAGUGCCAUCCUUUAAAAGUGGUGGAGCUUAUUGGUUUGUUGAUUUGUCAACACCAGAUAGUCUAUACAUCUUUCCACUUUUGACAGCAUUGUCUUUCUUGAUAACAGUGGAGUGCAAUAUGCAAGAAGGUAUGGAAGGAAAUCCUGCUGCUGGCACCAUGAAAAAUGUAUCUAGGGUCCUUGCUGUUGUUUCAGUUCCAUUGACCAUGGGUUUCCCCAAGGCUAUAUUUUGUUAUUGGAUAACAUCCAACUUGUUCUCGCUUGGUUGGGGCCUAGUGCUUAAGCUUCCUGGGGUAAAGAAGUCCUUAGGUGUUCCUAAAAUACCUGCGACUCCUGCAAGUACUGCAUCGCAGUCUUCCUUCAAUCUUUCUUCAGUACUCAAACAAGCUAUGGCAGCAAGACAGGAACCUGCCUCAUCAUCACCUGUUGAAUCAUCUUCCAAGAUUUCAGAUCAGAAAAUAUCAUCAUCUUCAGUUAUUAGCCAGAGGCUUAGAAGUCUAGAAAAACAAGUAAAGGGAAGAAAGAAAAACAAGAAAAGGUAAGAGGAGUUUCCAUUUUGGCAGUUAAACUUUUGUGAAACCAGAAAUGAGGUUUAAGUGCUAUCAUAAUGAAUGUAGUAUUAGUCAUAUUAUUUUUUCCAAGGUAAGAAAGAAAAACAAGAGGUAGAAGAAAGUUUUCUUAUAAUGAAUGUAGCAUUAGUCAUCUUAUUUAUUUUCCAAGAAUAGCAGAGGGAUGGUGGUUCAUAUUUGAUUGCCCCAUUACUUAAAUAAAAUUUAUUAUAAUUUGACUGCCAA